AUGUUGUCCUGGAGACUUAUUGGUGGGCGAAGUAAACCAUCUCACUGUUGCCCCCGUCAUAGUGUGGCUAUUAUUGUUCCGUACAGAAACAGAAACCGUCAAUUAAGGACAUUUCUGUACAACAUUCAUCCAAUGCUCCAUAGACAAGAACUAGAUUACGGAAUAUAUGUUGUGGAACAGGGCGGAAAUUCAAAGUUUAAUCGGGCAAUGCUGAUGAAUAUUGGUUUUGUUAAAGCCUUGGAACAUGACGACUAUCAAUGUAUUGUGUUUCAUGAUGUAGACUUGAUUCCCGAAAAUGACAGAAACAUGUACACUUGUUCUAAACAUCCAAGACAUUUGUCUGUCGCAAUUGAUAUUUUUAAUUACAGUUUACCUUACAAUAACAUAUAUGGUGGAGUUUCUGCGAUGACAAAGGAACAAUUCCAGAAAGUGAACGGAUUCCCCAACAGAUACUUUGGUUGGGGAGGAGAGGAUGAUGAUAUGUGGUUGAGAAUUGAAAAAGCGGGUUUUAAUGUGAGUCGAUAUUCAAUAGAUGUAGGCCGUUACAAGAUGCUCAAACAUGGACCGGACAAUGGAAAUGAAAUUAAUACAAUGAGAUGGACAAUGCUGGAAAAAAGCAACGACUAUUUUAACAUUGAUGGACUGAAUAGUCUUCAUUACAAAGUUAUUAAGAAAGACACCAACUCUCUCUUCACUCGAUUUUUAGUCGAAGUCAACCAAACUGAGAUUAUGCAGGAGUUACAGAAACGUUUGACACAAACCUAA